UUGAAACCAGUAAGCCGAGAUCAAUGAGCACUCCUAGGAGAUCCAUUUCAGUUGAGCCAAGAAGCCAUGAAACAAAGAAUGUAAAAAAGAAGGAAGAAAUUGUUUCAGCUGAAGCAAAAAAGCCAAGGGCAAUGAGCACUCCAAGAAGAUCCAUUUCAUAUCAGACCGAUAUUACUAGCAAAGGAAGUGAAGCAAGGAAGAGUUUGGGAGCAAGGAGAUCCAUUUCUUCUGAGACUGAGAGUGAAGCAAAGAAGAGUUUUGGAGGAGGGAAAGAUAAAGGGAUUGCUAGGACUGAAAGCGCGAGGUUCUUCAGGCAACUCCCAUCUUCUCCGUCAAAGAUAUUAAAUAUGAGAAAGGGGGUGGAUUGCAUAAGAAAGAAGCCACUCGUUGUUGACGAUGAUGAAGAUUAUAAUCAUAUUGAUGAGAAUCAUUCAGCUGGUGACAACUUCCUCAAAUCAUCCAUCAAAUCCAUCAAGAAGGCUGUCAAAAUUUAAGUUGUAAAUUUCGGAAUGUAAAUUAUUUCCAUAUUCUUUUUGUUUGUUGAGGUUGAUAAUUCAUUUGUGUGUGAACUUAUUUCUUUGUCAGUUUGUUUUUCAGACUGAUAUAUAGAAUAACAGCUUGUUGUUAAUAACAUAGAAGAACUUAUUACUUGA